GCUCCGGCCCCUUUGAAGCUCUUCUGCUCAUGAUGGUGGCAUCCUGGGGUGGCCGCCAUGCCCAUCACCCAGGACAACGCGGGGCUGCACCUCCCUCUCCUCCUCCAGUGGCUGCGGAGCAACCUGCAGGAGACCCAGGGAGGGCCCGAGCACAGGCUCUGUCAGUCGGCCAUCCAGAAGCUCCGGGAAUACAUCCAGCUGAACUUUGCUGUGGAUGAGAGCACGAUUGUGCUUGACCAGAGUCCCCUGGAGAUGGAAAUCUGCACCGUGUACCUAACCAAAGAGAUGGGGGACACGGAUACCGUGGGGCUCAGUUUUGGGAACAUCCCUGUUUUUGGAGACUACGGUGAAAGACGGCGAGGUGGUAAGAAGCGGAAAACACACCAGGGCCCGGUGCUAGACGUGGGCUGCAUCUGGGUGACUGAGCUAAAGAAGAACAGUCCGGCUGGGAAGUGCGGCAAAGUGAGGCUGAGAGAUGAAAUCCUUUCCCUGAAUGGGCAGCUCAUGGUUGGAGUUGAUGUCACUGGGGCCAGUUAUCUGGCUGAUCAGUGCUGGAAUGGCGGCUUUAUCUACCUAAUCAUGCUACGCCGCAUUAAGCGCAAGGCUCCUCUCCCUCCUUCUAAUGGAAACAACAGCAACAGCUGUGAACCCAAAGCAACUCCUACCUCAGAGCCCAGCAGCCGUCUGGUGCAGAACGGGAAAAGAACAAGGAAGUUUGGGGUCAUCUCCAGGUCAUCCGUCAGCAAGGAUGGUGGGGAGAGCAGGAACAGUCAAGACUCUGAGCUAGAGAAUGGACAUUAUACCCUCAUGGAGAUGGGUGGCCCAUCCCUGGAAGUGGAUGACAGGACAGAUGACCAAUUGCCAAAUACAGAGGUUCCUCUGGUCACAGGCCAUUAUAGACCUCGCCUGUCUGAAGGGACAUCUGAUUUCAAGCCUGCUGACCAUCUGGCACAGCGGGAAGGCUGCCGGAUCUGGAAGAUGCACAUGGUGAAAGGGUCAGACGGCCUGGGCAUCCAGAUAACAGGAGGCCGGGGAUCAAAGCGAUCACCACACGGGAUCAUCGUUGCACAUGUAGAAGAAGGAGGGGCUGCACACAGGGAUGGCAGGCUGACCUCAGGAGAUGAGCUGCUAAUGAUCAAUGGUCAGUCCCUGGUUGGCCUCUCCCAUCAGGAAGCUGUGGCCAUUCUCCGUGCUGCAGCUGGCCUAGUUCAGCUGGUGGUGGCCAGCAGGGAAAGCUCUGAAGUGGACUUCCUCAAAUAUCCAUCUACAAGUUUGCCAGACCUGCUUAGUACUUAUUCAGGCCCAGAUGUUUCCUCUUAUACUGAUAAUAAGGAGAACGAAGAGCCAGAUGGUGAAGAGGAAAAGGGAGCCAGCCAAUCGCCAACCCAUGGAGCAGUAAGUGUGUCCUUGGCUCCCAAAGAAUCAGGAAAAGCUAGGGCCAACAGCCUUGUAUCAUCUGGAAGCAAGAAGGCCUCAGGACCUUUCCAUAAGCAUUUGGAAGUGACCAGGCAAGCUAGCCUCCCUGGAAGCCCACAGUCUGCCCGAAGCCCACUCCUCCGACAGAGGAGAAUUGGCUGCUUUGAUGCCGAAGAUGCCAGUGAUGAAGAGGAGUUUGUGAGAGAUGGAGACAACGCACCCUUUUCCAGGUCCCUCCCAGGCCCUACUCUGUCACAGGCCGAGGAGGACUCCAGGGUGAUCACCCCAAAUUUGUCUGUGGGAGCUGACAGCAGCCAGGAAGUAGAGCACCUUGGGAAUCCUGCCACUGAAGCCCCCUUGGAGACUUUGCCUUUGGGCAGCUCAGGAGGGAAGGUGGAGGACAAGACUUCUGAGCAGAUCACAGACUCACCCUUGCUUCCAGGAAAGCUUUUUGACCAUCCCAGUGCCUCGGAGGGCAGCUCUGGCAGCUUGGGCCUGAAGGAACAAACUGGUGACAAGAAAUCACCAAAAUUGGAGCACAAAGCCAUCACCAGAGUCAAAAGCCUGAUGAGCAUUGAGUGCCCUGGUUCCCCCAAACAGAAGAAUGAGGAGUCUGGUCCUGGCCACAAGCCAGUGGCCAGGAUAACCCCACAAAGCAAGAGAGCUGUGACAGAGGACAGCUCUAAGUCCAACAGCUUGGAAACUGUUCAUUUAAUUCGUCUGGAAGAUGAAUCCUUUGGUCUGGACUUGGAAAUCCAGGCUACUCCCUUAAAAAUGGUGAUAAGAGGUUUAAGGCCUGGUGGAGCUGCAGAGAGGGAAGCGACAGGACAGCUGAGUGUUGGAGAUGAGAUUGUCUCUAUCAAUGGUGCUCCAGUCAAUUCCUUGUCCUACCAGGAGACCUGCCAUGUUAUCAAGAACUUGCCCACAGCCCUGACCUUGGUGGUGCAGCGACCAACACCCGCUGUAGAUAGCUCACAGGACCACCCUGUAUCACCAGGGGACAAGGAGCUGAUUAAUACUGACCCCAGUGGAACUUCAGCCACCAUAGAAGAAACCUACUCAAAAGGAGCUCCAGCCUCUGAAAAAGAAGGAACUAUACAGUCUGGUUCCAUACUGCCAUCUCCUGUCAGCACCAAAGAAAUGCAAACAGGCAGUAGAUUAAGAGUCGGAGGUUCUGAGGAGAUGCCAGUGACUGACAUUGACAGCAUCAUCAGUGAGUUAGAUGCUUGUGAAGGAAGAUCUGAGUGUCCUCCACAAACAGGUGCCCUUUGUGGUGAGGGAGGUUCUCAGAGACACUCUUGGGCAAGAGGCAGGGGCUCUUACCAGGCAGAACAGAGCACAGUUAAACAAGAUUCAUCUCAGAGCAUGAACUGUGGGCCUUCACCUCCUCAGCCUCAGUGGACCUCUCAUUUUUCAGUUUUGGAUUCAAUUAAUCCAGGAAAGCAUUUUACUGUGAAUAAAAACUCUUUGAGUAGUUAUUCUAGGAAUUUUAGCAGCUUACAUGAAGACAGUUUGUCCUCACUUGGCCACAGAGAAGCUGACACCACUGAGCCAUCACCAAAGUCUAUGUAUGGAGCUGCUGAAGAUUCACAUUCAGACUCGGAGUCUCUCACAGAAGCCUCACCUACUCCUGCCAGGGAUAGCAUGUCAUUCCAUCCACCAUCUUGCUCUUCUCAGAUACACAAUGCCAUAGAGUCAGAUGAGGAACAAAUUGAAAUUUGUUGCAUGAAUACUCACCCAAAGCCACCCUCUCAAGUAGAGCAACGACCUAGCCCUGCUGUGAAUCCACGCUCCUGGGAUCCACCUUACCCAGCAGUAGCCAAAGUUUCACCAUUAGAAAGUGCUGUUAUGGGUAGUUUAGAGACAACCCCAGGUGUAACACCUUCAUUUGGCCCAGAAAAACCUAUAAUCCCCAACUCUUACCAGCAGGCAAAUACAGGCAGAAUAGUUCCUUUGGACUCCCUUCCUUCUUCCCACUUGGAUAAGGGUUCUCGGGAGAGUUCAGCAUAUUCAGAUGGAAAUAUUCCACAGGGAUGCAGAGCCUUACACACAGAGGGGAAAAUGCAAGAAGCCAGCUCUGCCAAAGCUCUGGAGACCUGUGAGUCUUCCAGAGACAGUAGCCUUGUGCACAAGCCCCCAAUCCCCUGCAUCAGCCCCAGAUUGGUCAAUGGCCUAGAGCACAGCUUGCUAGACAACAAAUCUCAAGGCAAAAAGCAAGAAGCAACCAUUAAGGUAGUUGAUAGUCACGGACGUGCUCAAUUCUCUUUAAAUCCAGGCUCAUCUAAUAAUGAAGAAUGUGAUUUGACCAGCCUUCAUAUUUCUGAAAGUCAGGACUUGGGGGACUUGCGACAAGGACCAGAAAAAAUGGUUAGGAGUCCCCUUCUGGCUCAGUACAAAGAUCCAAGUAAAAUUAAUCAUAGUAUGCAAAGCAGAAAUGAAAAAGAACAGUAUGUAGCCACAACCAAAAGUUCCAACACUAAAACCCACACUCCCAGCACAAACCAUGUUAAGGGGGUUACUACUCUGCACAGUCCUUCAUUUCAACCAAAACUGAAUCCUGAAACAAAGGGGCCAACAGCCAAAAGUUUUAUGGAAACACUUCUCAGUAACAAUCAUAAACCUAGGUCAGGGCCAAAGCUGAAAGGCCUCAGCAUCAAAAGCAAGAAUAAAACCAGCACAGAGGCCUCUGGUGCUGUUCAAGCUGUCAAGGUCAGUGGGACUGAGCAGAGAAAAACCUUUACUUCACCCCAAACCUCUCCCAAAACCCUUUCGAAGAAAGUGUUGGGCUCUCGUAGCAUUGCUGUCCAUGGAGAACCAGACAAAAGUUGUCCCGUGGCUCCCAAAUCUCCUACACGUGGACAAGAGAGUAAAUUAGCUUUGGCUGUGUCUGGGCCAUUGAGUUCUCCAGUGUCAGAUGGAAGCAUCCCUAUGACUCGGAACACAAGUGAAAAUAGACUCCUUGGACGAAAUGAAUUUGGCCUUUCCAACCCAAAAGAAGCAGCAAUGGUCUCAGCUCUCCCCAGUGGGCCUGGUGAGAAGGGGAGCAAGGCAGCUGCUGGUGAUUCACAAGACAGAACGAACCAGGUAAAAAUAAUCGCCAUCUCUUCUGAAAGAAGCCCCAAAAGCCCAGGUGGUGACAGGUUGGCUGAAAGUGGCCAAGGAGGGCUCUCUGCCCAAGAAAAUGGUCACAAAAAAGGUGAAAGCAAGCUCUGCCAUAGAAGAGUGGAGCUAUCCCCAAGUCACCCACCUUCUUUGGCUUCUCACUCCAUUCAGGAAGAUCCCCCAGAAGGACAAGAAAUCCAGAGAAGUUUCAUUGAGGUAAGACUGUCUUCCUCUUCCUCCUUCUUCUUGCCAGUGUGCCCUUCCCCACCUCUGCCUGGAGAGAAGACAGCUUAUAACCAGAAGAGAAUGAACCAGAUGUCUGAACCUCCUGGUACCUCCAAAAAUGUCAUCACUUUAAAUGAUGGUCUCUAUUGUACCCCAAGGCCAGUUACAAGGACUUAUUCCAUGCCAGCCCAACUUGCAAGCCAUUUUGGAGGUGAAAGCCACUCUGUACAAUCUAUAGGAUGCUCUCUUCAAGAUAGCCAGAAUUCUGUGGCAGAUGAGAAAUGUGAUUGUGUUCCUGAGACAAGAAUAUUCAAAGGUGGCCUUCUUGGCCUAGUUAAUGGACAGGGUACACAAGGCAGAAAACUGUCAGAGGCUUCCCAGAGCAUCCCAAAAACAGACCAGGGAAGUGCUAGUGCCCUUGGUGCGCAGGAUACAAACUGCCUUGUCACAGAUAGAAUAAAAUCCACCAGAAGGCAUUACUACUAUGAGCUAAACUGGCCCCAUGAACCUACCUCAUCUUUUUCUGUGAAACAGAGGAUCAAAUCUUUUGAGAAUCUUGCCAGUUUUGACAGGCCUGUAGUCAGGUCCAUUGAUUUCCCUUCAGCAGUAUCCAUGAACUCCAAACCUCCUAUUGGGAGGAGAUCAUCAGGCACUAUAUCUUCAGGGACCCCCAGCAACUCAAAUGACAGCAUGAGGUCCUUACGACGAAGCUUGAGCUCAUGUGGCGAAAACCAGAAUGAAACCGUUUCAUUGGCCCCCCAAUUAAACAAAUCACCGUCGACUAUGGCUCUCCUGGUUUCUCCACCGAAUCCAAUAGAAGGCAGAAGAGAGAGCGCUGGUUUGGACCAAAAGAAGUUACUUGACCCUCCAACAAGUUAUAAUCCAGCCACAACCACAGUUUCUCACAUCAGGAGAAACAAGACAGCGGGAGGCCAAGCUCGACCAUGUCCUGUAUCCCGCUCUAAACUUAGAGAGCUAAGGGCUUUGAGCAUGCCCGACCUUGACAAGCUAUGUGAUGAGGACUAUUCGGUGGAACCUGUAGCUGGCCACUUUAAAACUGAGCUAGAAAUUACUCCCAGGAGAUCCCUUGGCCUUCCAACUGACAACCUCUCAAACCUCGAUGAAUCACCUUCCCUUUCACAUUUGGCAAAAGGUCAGAGUGGGGAUGGGUUGUGUUCUAGGGGAAAUAGUCCUUGGACUAGUGGUUCUGGGACUCCUGCUUCAGCCUCUGAUGAAGAUACAACAAUCCAGGAAAAUUCAGUGGAUAGGAGAUGCUCUGGAAGGAGUUGGUCCAUAGGUUUGGAUCAACUUUCAAUCUCAUCUCUGGACCAGCAAAAAUUACAGUCUGUUUUGUCAUCAGUAGGGUCAAAAUCUGAUAUCUUGACCCUGAUUCAAGAAGCCAAAGCACAAAAAGAUAAUAAAGAAGAUAUUUUCUUUGUGGUCUUGAAUAAAGAAAGUGGCUCAGGUCUGGGAUUCAGCGUGGCAGGUGGAGUAGAUCUGGAGCAGAAAUCAAUCACUGUUCACAGAGUGUUUUCUCAGGGAGUUGCUUCUCAGGAAGGGAGCAUCCGCCGGGGAGAUCUCCUUUUGUCAAUUAAUGGCACCUCAUUGGCUGGGUCCGUCCAUGGAGAUGUUUUGAAUGCUCUCCACCAAGCAAAGAUGCACAAAGAUGCCGUUGUUGUGAUCAAGAAAGUAAAAGACAGGGAGAGAGGCUCUGCCAGACAAGAGCCUUCUCCUGCAAGUGGCAAAGUGACUGUGUCCAAAAAGGACGUCAUCCUGGAGCUUGGAACAGCAGGCAGACGAGCUGAUCUCAAUGAUGCAAUGUGUGUUGAAUUACUGAAGACCUCUGCUGGACUAGGCUUCAGUCUUGAUGGAGGAAAAGCAUCUGUGGCUGGAGACCGACCCUUGUUAAUAAAAAGAGUCUUUAAAGGUGGUGCUGCUGAACAAGCCGGGACAAUUGAAGCUGGAGACGAAAUUCUUGCCAUUAGUGGAAAGUCCCUGACAGGGCUCAUGCACUAUGAUGCCUGGAACAUUAUUAAGUCUGUCCCAGAGGGGCCUGUGCAAUUACUAAUUAGGAAGCACAGAACAGCAGUAUGAAGCACACUGUGGCUUUUUGCAUUAGCCACAAAGGACUCUCUCCAAUUCCCCCUUCUCCUUUAUUUUGCAUCACAGUGACUUGUGGCCGUAGAGUGGAAACCUUAAGCAGCCAAGAGCCACACUUGUGUGGACCAGUGAAGCUUGUACAGAUGGUCCAUUGAGAAGAAUCCUAGGAUUUUGCUAGAAUUUGGAAGGGUAUAAAACCCUAGUGAUUUGGGGUAUUGAGAGGCAAUGAAAUUGAACUUUGGUACCCUAUCACAUGAAGCGUUCUUGGCUGGGAAAAAUCACUUUUGGUUGUGUGGUUGCCCUUGGAAAUAGAGUUUUCAGGUUAGGGAUAGCAAAUCUUGUUUGCUAUCCUGACAAGAUAAGAUUUUAGACUGUGUCCAUAUCAUUUAGUCAUUUUCUGUCACCUUGAAUAGCAUACGCUAGUCUCCAAUUCUGACGGAGCAAUAGAGGGAACUCACACACACAUCUUUCGAGUCAAAAUGAAAAGGACUACGAUGUAUCAUUUUGUGCAUAAAUUAACAGGAUGCUUUGGGUGCAUGGAAAGCCGCCAUAUUUGUAAAUAUUACCUGAAGAAAAAGGUUAAAAAUUGUGACCUAACCAUAUGGCUGAGCUCAGGAAUUGUCUAAAACUGAAAAAAAGCAAAAAUGAGGAAAUUGCUAAACGGGCAGUGUUAUGUUAGCAGAUGUGUCCUCCCUGGAGGGCUGAGGGCAGUGAAAUAAUAGUCCUUUCUGAAGAAAUGGCAUUUCCCAGCCUAGCUGUUAGGCCUUUAUAAACUUUGUAAAAUAUACAUUGUGUCAACCUCACUCUUAUAAAUGAAUAUGAGCUCAAAAAUCAGCAUAUGGGUUGGGUUCCGUUUUAAUGAAUUGUUUGAUCAUUAAAAUAAACAACUAGCAGAAAAAUGUCACUUGUCACUUUGAGGUUUUUUUAAUUGGUUUUAAUUUUUAAUAAUCAAAUAUAUCUGACUGUCCACAGAUUUAUCCAUAUGUACUGAAAUUGGAGUCCAUCUGGCACUCUAAAUUAUUUUAAGGAAUUUUUUUCAUUUUGGUGUUGUAGGAAAUUAAUAUUUCAAAAUACCAGAGUCCUUCUCAUGCCAUGGGUAAUGUUCUUGUUGCCCUUUGUAUCACAGUAGUUUUUCAAAUGUCUGUUGUUUUUGCCAAAGGUGUUAUCCUGCUGAACACUGUUGUGACCUUACUGGUGCUUUGGAAGUACCCUCCUUGUGGCUCAUCCUCUUAAACAUAUGACAGUCAAAAGGAACUCCUUGCCCUUUUGUGUGCCCAUUUCUUCCAUCAAAAUUGGUUGGGGAAGGUAUUUAUUUAUCUUCUUUGUACAAGAACCCUUUCUUGACAACUUUGAAAUCCUUACCUCCUCCUUUAUCUUUGAAAUGUUUAUAUGCUUCCAGCUCCCAAGUGUAAGGAGUUAAUGGAGUCUCAGAAAUGACCCCUUCCCCUCUGACCACCACCACUACCAAAAAAAAAUCAUUCCCAUUUCAAGUUUUCAAAACCCUCUCCCCAUCUCAUUCAGCCAAUGAGCACAACAGGAUGCAAGGGGAUAAUGAAAACAAAGAUAAUGAAAAAUACAGGCAGUGCCAAUCAUUCUUAACAGAUAAAGGGGUAACCAUCAUGUGGUUAAACUAGAAAUGAAUGUAGUAGAUACAUAUUUGCUGGGAGGCUAAUGUUCUCAGACAAAAUAGGGUGGAGGAUUGAAUUUAACAAAUCCCACUUCUUAUUGGCUAAUGUGAAAGCUUAUGUCUGUGGACUUAGAGAAAGGAAUUUAGAAACCUUUAUAUUCCAAAGAACCAUGUUGAGUCUCCAGCCCACAAGGCUGAUACACUGAUUUUCUAGGCAUUUCUGAAAAUCUAUGUUCAAGUUUGAGAGAAAUUUUGGAGUCUUCCCAAGCUCUGACUUCUCAUCCAGGAAGAGAGGAUGGCUGCCAUUGGUGGUGUGAUCAAAUGUUCAAUAAAAUCAAGUGAUUAUCUCAUUAUCACAUGGCAUGCAGGGAAGCAGUGUGAGCCCAGGAUAGAGACUUUCCCCCUUAUACUAUCAGUAUUUUUCAAGUGACCACUGAAAUUAGAGAUGACUCCUCAUUAGCUAAAUGAGAUGGAGAAGGUUUUGGCAAACUUGAAAUGUGAGCUAUUAAAAAAAUUUUUUUUGGAAGAGGGUGGUGGUUGAGCCUUGCAGUGAUGAAUGAAGAGAUUUGGGCUUGCACAGUAGCUUGGAAUGAUAGAAUGGUCAUGUGGUCUUUUCAGAGACUUCCAACUCCUUACACUUGGGAGCUAAAAGGAAAAAGCUUGUUUACUAGGUAGAGUUCUGUCCUUUGUAAGCCCAGGGACUGACAUUAGCAUGGCACUGGAAGAAGUCCUGGCUUAGCUCUCUCUUAGAUUCUGAGGGAGGGAUGAUGCAAAAAGAAUGACCAUUUUGGACUUAGAAAUAGAAAACUCUUUGUCUUACGUAUUUAAGGCUCUUGCAUGAUGUGUAUUUCAGAUGAGCCCUCUAGGUCCCACCCUUCUUUAAAUGAACACUAAUGAUGUUGUCCCACUAAAACUGUUAGUUUUUAUUUGUGUUUUUUCACAAGUUGGUCAUUCACAGAGAGCCUAUAGCAGAUAAUGUGUGUUAGGGCAUGCAAAAUGAGACAGUGAAAAUAUUUUGCAAAGUGUUGAAGUAGAAGUGAAUGGGUAGGUGCAAAUGGAACCCAAUCUAUUUCAAUUUUAUGUGUUUGGCUAAAUUUAUACCAUACCUGUUGUAUGAUGUUGUACAUUUAUACUUUAUUUAUAUAAAAUAAAAUGCCUUGUAUAUUAUUAAAAUGUGAGUGCAAUGAUAGUAAAUAGACUGUACAUUUUUAAAGACUUGCUUUUUCUCUAGUUUAUGUAAAUCUGCAUCUCUGUAAACAUGGGUUUUUAAAGUAAUUUUCAAAAAAUAAACACUCUACUUAAACUUG